UCAAACUCAAGCACCUGAUAGUGGUUAGGAUCUACGCAUGCGCGAGUUGCCCCGUCUGGACAAACUUUCAGACUCCAUCCCUAAAAUGUUUGUUAUCCAGUUUUAUGUUGAUAUUUUCCUGUUAUUGUCGUGAACUUCCACACGGAGAGACUCUCUGCAGCCGGAGGAGCGUGAAGGACCUAAACCUUCGCCAUGGAGCUGAAGCACGAGAUUUGUCACCCUUUCAUCUCACACUCCAACAUGUCGAAGAAGAAAACGUGUUCAGAGAUAAUCCGGGAAGCCAGGCAGUCGCUGCGGGUUCAGUCCACCCAGAGACCCUUUACUCCGAGGGAGAGUCACAGACAGCUCUUCGGAGUAAACUCUGUUCGAGCGAGUCACGCCAACAGACCCUCCUCUACAUUCAGUGUGUGCGCUCAGAACUUUGAUGCUUCAAACUCCAGACCGCCUUCAGGAAAUCGUCUUCCUCCUCUGGAUCAUAAACCCAAAUUUCCAGAAACUGUUCCGAAACCCCCACUGGAGGCCAGGAGGGGGCUUGCAGGAGUUCGGGUGGUCGUCCUGAAAGCCGGAUCCGUCGCCACGCUGCAGCCUUUGGAAGCCCAGCAAAAAAAUGAUCAAUCCAGACUAAAUUCAGAUCUAAAGCUCUCGCCGACGAAACGACUUUCCAGUCCGGUCCGUACCACACUUCACAAAGUCAAACCUCACAGCGCGGGAAGCGAAAGCUCUGGAGCCAAAACCACAGAACAAAGCCAUCACAAAACAGGUCUGGAGGAUGGAAACUCGAGCACAGAGGAUGCAGAUGUACUGGUGUUUAAUGAUAAAGUUACUCUUCUCCUACAAGAGCUGGAGAGUGAAGCUGCAGGCAGUUCGACGGACUCCCUGACGCACCUGUGCGAGCUGUGCGAGCGUCUCCAUGGCGCCCUGAGCGACGCCCGCAUGCUCGGCCGGCGCUGUAAGAGGAGGUCGGAGAUCCUGCGAGUUCUGUUCCGUCUCAUUGACCUCCGGUCAGCUCGGCUCAGCCUGCACAUUUCCAAGCUCUGCCUCGCUCUCUCUGUCAGUGGAAACAAUCUACUCAACAUCUGUAAACUCAUCUUUAAGAUUAGCCGCAGUGAAAGCCACGAUAUCCUCUUCAGAAACACAUCCAUCAUCGAGUUGCUGCUAGGCGUGCUGCACACUGAGGACGUGUCUGCGUCCGGAGAAGCGUUGCUGUACUGCGUCGCCACCUUCAAAUUCCUCUCUGGAAACGCGUCGGUCCUCAAAGUCUUACUUGAGCAAAACUUCGUCGCUGCGGUUCAGACGCUCAUCCAGAAGCUGUGCGAGGCGGAGGAAGUCACAACUGCAGGACACAUCCUUGUACAGCUGACGGCCACAAUGAGGAAUCUUGCAGAUCACCCAGACGCCCGGACGCUCUUCGUCUCCUUUUCCAUCCUUCCCGCGCUCUGCCUGGUGCUGCGUCUCUACUGGGACGAUCAGGACAUCUGCACUAACACCUCCAGAAUUUUCAGUAAACUCUCGUCUUACUCUGAGUGCUGUCUCGCGUUGGCUCAAAUCCCUGAAUGCUACCCUACGACUUUAGGAGUGUUGAGUAGACACCCACAAAAGCCAGAUCUCGUCGUCCGGCUCCUCUUCACCCUCGGGAACCUCACAGCCAAAAGCAGCGAUUCCCGCCAGCAGCUCUUCGAGUGUGACGGCUGCAUGGACGCUGUCGUCCAGCUUUACAACAUCUACCAGAGGAGAGAGCGGUCGCCCGACGCCGGCAAGGAAGCAGAUGACGUGCUGGUGAAGCUGGUCAGGCUGCUGGCCAACAUGAGCAUCCACCCAGCGGUCGGACCGCUGCUCGCCACGAACACCGCCUGUGUUCAUCUUCUGAUGGAGACGCUGGGCUGGUGGACUGCCUGGGAGAUUUUGGACCAUGUGACUGGCAGCUAGCAGGCCAGGCAUGCCAGGCUGUGUGGAAUCUGACUGGUGGAGGGUCCGAGGAGCUGCUAGACCCCCAAGAAAGAGAAACGCUACUCAGGAUUCUUGAAGCAUACUCAGAUGAAGGCGCUCUGGAGAAGAUUGAAAAGGAAGAUAAAAUGGAAGCCCACAAGGCAUGCUGGGAGUUAGAGUUCCUCCCCAUUGCUCAGGAACUGAUGAAGGCACUGGACCCCACAGGGUUUCAGCAGUGUGGGCUCGCCAAGUUCGGACUUUCCUGAGAGGGGCAGGCACACCCCAUCCAGAGCAGACCUCCACUCCCCGGACCCGAACACACCAACCCGCUUUAAUCGGUUCCACAAAGUUUGGAACAAAUACGAGGAACUGAGGGGAAAUAAAGGAAACUGGAAGCAGGUCCUCGGAUUUGCAUUGAUGUCUCGGUGAACUAUAGGUGCUGCGGUGGAGAAUCCAAGGGAAGAGGCGUAACUCUGCGAGGCUGGAGUGGCUGUGUGGAAGAGCGAGUUCCCUGGGAUGUUAUUCUAACAGAGGGAGGGCAGCUGUCACAAUACAACAUGCUCAGGAAAAAAAAAAAAAAAAACUGAAAAUGCCAAACCUUUUCCGUCUAUCUUAAUCCUGAUGCGAUACAGGCACAGGAAUCUGUAUGAAGACUCCACCUGAACACUUUCAGCACAAACAACCUCCUUUAGAUGCUAAAGACGCAAACUAUCAAAGCUCAUCUCGUUAUACACAAAAACAUGAUCUAACAAAGCCAAGAUCAUAUCAGCAUCAAGACUCAUAACAACUGUCCAAAAACAAGUCCCCUGCGGUCGGAUGCUGCUGUUUGCCUGCUUUGGAAAGCACAGCUGUUCUUUUUUUUCCUCCCCUCUUUUUGACAAGAGCUGACUGUGCAAAAUAUGACUCAUCAGAACGGGAAGGCGGCCAAAAUGUUGUUGGCUAUAACUCUUCACAGGCAUUGUAAAGCGCAAACAAAAGAUCUUACCCUUCACCUGCUUGAGCGAGAAAACAGAGAUGGUUGUUUCGCUGCCAAAAAUACCAAGAAGCAACUUGUGCAUCGAAGCUUUCAGCAAGCGACGGAUUCCUAAACUAAACAGAAACCCGUUGAUCCACAGACUCGCAUGUUAUCUAGAAACGUUGGGGGAAUGGUAGAACACCUUUAAAGUUUUCGCUUUGAGGGCAGAUUUGAUUAAAAAUACUGAAAAUGUUGGA